GUCGUUCAUUUUCGCGAGCGCAAACUCUUGGAUCUCUAUUGAAGAACACUGUAUUUGAACCAUCUUGCCCACCAGUUCUGAAAGUGGCGGUUGAGGGAAAGGUGGAUGUAUCAGUGCGGCUUCAGGUGAUCGGAGCAAAGGUUGAGGGCAAUGGACUACCACAAGUGUGCGCUGCUGGUAAACCGUCGAUGGCUACAUACUUGGCGCUUUCCGCAGCGCGUGGGCCUAUGACGAAAGGAUCCUUGAUGAUUGAGGGAUUUGAACCUGUUCCCUUCUGCGUUGCUCACAACGAUCAGGGAACAACCUUUGUUCAAUGCAAGGGGAAAUGGAGAUGCACGGCUUUGAGCGCUGCAAGGUGGAAUUGGCACCAGAAUGCAGCGAAGCCGACUGAGGGCAAAGCCGCAGAUUUGGAGGUCCAUGCUGCCAAAUCCAUUGACAACGUGCCACAGCUCAAGGUCUCUGUGAGGGAUGCUACUGAAAUGGAGCUGAAGCGUUGCUUGCAAGGUCAAGCACUGCGUGAUGCGCAGGAAGAUGGGGAUUAUGACGCGCUCUUGGCGCAGGUAACUAAGGCGAAGCAAGCUGGCGUUGACCGGGAGCAGAUCGAGCAAGCUGAAGAGAGGCUGCAGGGCAUGCGCAAACUUGGAAAGCACGUCAAUGACGGGUGUGACAAGGAAACUCUGAAGUCGCUCAUGCAGUGGGAAAAGGUGACUCGCUGCAGCGAUGCCCUUACGACAGAAGCCUGCAAGGUUCCCGGCUGCCCUUGCAACCAAGAAAUGUGUGGCGAGGUGCUCCUGGUGGUGCCAAACGCUGUUCAAAAUUGUCUCAAAGACUUUGGGCCAGAGGGCGAUAAAGAGCUCUUUGAAGAACUUGCCGGUUCAGCUCUAGCGGUGGAAGAAGGCGCUGUCUGGAAAGCUGGCGGGAAGCUGAUUUUCAGCGCAUUUGACCGAAACCAGUCAGUUCAGGCGUUGACAAGGAUGCUUUCAAAUGCUGGAAGGACGAGAUGUGUGAAGUUUCUACUGCAGAUGGUGAAGCAUAGUGAAGCAGAGUAUGGUGGCUAUGUAACGGCCAUUCAAGUCAAUUUUCACCCAAAUGGCGAAUCGUUCCAUGCACAGCACCGUGACAUUUACAGUGCAAAGCAGCGAGCAGGACCGAGUUGCACUUGCACAUUUAAGAAGUGCGUCGGCACUGUUUGCUACACUGUCGGCUCCAGUCGCCAAUGCCUAUUGGAGACCAUGACGGAUGUGUUUUCAGCGAUCAAACCAUGCGGCGAUCAAUGUACAGGGCGUCGUGAGCGAUGUUGGCUUCACAGUGGGGACGGAAUGUAUUUCAACGAAGCCUGGAAUGCAAAUCACACCCAUGGGAUUCCAGCCAUCGAGAACGGCCAUGAAAUCGGACCUCGAAUUUCUAUAGCGUUUCUUCUUGGGGCAGAGGAUUCUCGGAGCAGCCUCUACCAAAAGGUGCUGCUCCCAAAUGAGGUUCCGCAGCCAUAG